AGUGCCUCGUGCUUUCCUUGACGCACUUAAAGAAACGAGUCGAAGUGAACGGGCAGUGUUUCUCAAGUUGGUCGAAGUCUGCAAACAAGCGGCUCGGUUCACCAUGUGGUUUCGAAGCUUUCUUCUGUUCGCUGCAACAGUGGUACUCACCGAGUGGCACACGGCCAAUGGUUAUGUUUCGAUUGCCGAGGUUCCCGUCGAAAAUGGUGAAUGCGACUUCAACGGGACAAAAAUAGCAUCAGGUCACCCCCUGAACCUGGAAGAACCUUGUGAAACGUGGACCUGCAAUACACGUGAUGGCGCAACCGGUCACCUUUCAAUAGCAGGAUGUGGUACCGUGGGUGCAGGUGCUGGCUGCAGGAAAGUCAAGGGCACCGGCGUCUAUCCAGACUGCUGUGAAAAAGUGAUCUGCGACUGAGUGCGUUGUCGGCUUCAGAACGCCAACAAAAACAUUGACAGGAAACCUUCUGGCACAAAUUUUUACUUUCGAAUUACCGUCUUCGUGGUUUGCGAAUGACCUUGCCAAUCUCAGC